AUCUGCCAACCUACCACUCGGUGACAGCGGUUGCUGACAUUUUGGUGAUAUCAAUAAAUACAGAUUUGUAUUAUCACUUUUGUGGACUUCAUAGUAUGCCAUUGUAUACCAUAUUUAACCUAGCCCUGCAGAUGAACUUGUAGAUUGUUUCCAACUCGUCACAAGACAAUUCUGCCAAAAGGAUUUGUCAGAUUGUUGUUUUAGGGUGAAUUUACAAAUGAGGUCAAAGGUAACAUUUAUUUUUAAAAUACAGUAGUAUUUUUUCCUUUGUUGACAUGUUUGAAAAUUUUUUCUCCAUUCCAAUGUUAUAAAAAAUUCCAUCCAUGUUGCUCAUUUCAUGGUUCUAUUUUAUUUUUUUACUUUUAGCUAUUUAAUCUACUUAUAACUUAGUUUUGGUUUAAGAUAUGAAAUAUUUUCCAAAUGGUUAGUUGUCCCAAUUUUGUUGAAUAAACUGUAACUGCCGUUUUAUCGGAUUUUAGACUUAAAGUUCUAAGUGUGUGUUUGUAAAGGACUACUUACAAAUUUGAUAUUUAGAUUUUUUGUAUGCCGUUUUUAAAUUCCAUUCACAGUAUCGUUUUUUUAAAUCAUUUUCCUUUACAAGUCCAGGAAAUAUUUUGUGUUUGAGAUUUCUUUUUCUUCUUAUCUUUUAAAGUAAAGAGUUUAUUGCUGUUUCAUUUGUUUCCUUGCUGACAAGAUAACAAACUCCAUAUGAAGAGUUCAGGUUUGUUGUGGCAACUUUUCAGUCUGGCAUUUGAGAUUCUAAUCUUCCUCUAUUUUUGCACACGAAUACGUAGGUUAGCAUUGGAGACCAAGAUAGAAAAGUUCUCAGAUUCCCUUGGCAAGCUUGGAUUUUUCAAUCUAAAAUUAUCUCUGGAUUUUUGGAAGACAACGUGUUUUCAGCAUCCUUUAAAAAAAAUUUUAAACGAGUUGCACAUGAUUCUGCUGAAAAUUUUACUAGGUGUUUAAUCUGUUGAAAACCUGCAGCCUAAUACAAUACACCAGAAGCUUUAUGUCAAGUGGGCCUUGCAAGUCUAUAGGAAAAUAAUUUGUACCUGAGAGUAGGCCGGGGCAUCAUAUGGGUUGAAUGUCCACGCUCUCUGUUUUCCUUCUGUGACCUUGUCCUUAGUGAAAAAUGAUGACCUUCCUAGAUGAACAAAGGAUGUUGGUUUGAAUAAGGAAUUGCUUUAUUUUGGAGUCAAAGUGGGAUGCCAUUUUCUCUUAAUGUAAGUGCACAGAGAGCCUGAAUGUAUCAAGGGUUGUGCUCCAAAUGUGUUUGUCUCUACUGAAACUGUCCUCUCUAGGGUCCCCUGAUUGAUAGCUGCAGUGGCUGCUGCUUACUCAUUGACCUUGACCGUAAAUAUUUGGCCUGGUGAGCCACACUUUCUUGCUGUUGUGAAUCUCCUCUUGGUUCGCCUUCUUGGCUUGGAGUUAUUGUGGUCAUUUUCUUAGCUUUGUGACUGUACUUUUUCAUUGUCUUUGCUGCUUCUCUUCUUCCCACGUCUGCCUGGGAGCGUUUUCUAAGUCCUAGCUUCGUGUCUCUACCCCUUUCCCCCAAUACAUGCUCCUUCUCACUCAUCCAGUAUGUGACUUCCAGGCAGAGGACCACUUCACCCCUUCAUUCUGCCUCCACUCAGUGACCCCAAUGCAGACUUUGCCGCAAGUCAUUUUUUUAUCUCCCUCUAACUGACCUCUGGACAUGUUCCUAAGGCCAUACUUUCUCCAGGUGAUGAAUCCCUUCAUUGCUUCCCAAGGUGGCUUGUCAUUCAUGCCUCUACAGUUCUUACCAGCUGACAUAUCACAUCUUAUCUUCCUUCUUGGUUCAAGCUGUAUUUGCCAUUUGCUUUCCAUCUGUACAGCUUGAUUUAAACUCUGUACCUUUCUCCGAGGGACUUCAGACAUAGUCAGGUCCCACCCCAAAUGAGAAAGAUGGCACCCAAUGAAUUUAGUCAGCUUACAUUUGUGGAGUACUCACAGUAUGGGCCAGUUACUAUACUGGAAAAUUGGAAUAUAGAGCUGAAAGGCACAGCCUGGGGAAGACAGCCAAAUAAGCAUUUGCCGUAAAGUAGCGUAAAUGCUUAGAAGAGGGAGACACAUAAUAAACUCUGCCAGGUUUCAGAGGUUCACUGCUGUUUUCUCCAGGGCCUGGAUCACAGUGUUCUGGGAGCAGUUAAGUAUUUGAUGAAUGAAUGAAUCAGGGAUCAUCUGAGAGUGAAAUCAGAGUAAAUGUUGUGCAAGUCAGCUAUCUAUAGAAGAGAUAUAAGCCAAGAGACAUUUUAUAAAUGUAAUUUGGAGAAUUUCAGGGAAAACUUUUAAGUUCAAUUGAACUGACCCAGCUAUAACCCCAGGAAGGCAUGAUUGGAAUGUGUUUGUAGCCAGAAUGUUUAAACUUAAUUUCGUAUCAUCAGGAGAAAGACUGCAUUUCUAGAAGGAAAGGGUUGGAAUGGUGUCUGUGGAAAUUGGAGUGGUGGGUCCAAGAGAGGAAUUGGAAGCAGUGGCUGUAGCGCUGUCUGGGGGCCCUGAGUGGAGGAGCUGUGUGCAGUCCUCCACUGGCCUCUGCCCUACCACACAGAUGGCUGCAUCUCUGUUGAUGCCUCUAGCCGAGAGAAUCUUUCUCUUCCUUGGCUUUCGUGCUCCUGAUACCUUCUAAUUAGAGCAUGGCUUCACAUGGAGAUUUCCUGUCCAGGAAGGAAUGUGAGUGGUUGAGAUCUCUGCAUCCAGAUUGCUUUGGUCAGAUCCCGGUCUUCGGAUGCUGGCUAAUCUCUCCAUUUCCCCAUCUGUAGAUUGGGGAUAAUGGUAGCACCUUCCUCUCUGCUGCCUGGCCCCUGGCUCAGUAAGUGUUUGCUUUCAUCAGGAGAGCUAUAAACUUAGUAACUGGCCUUCUGGUUAAUCCAUCAAUCAUCUUUGAGCUUAGGUAGCUUGAAUCAGUCCCCCUGAACCUGCUUGCUCCUGGGUGCACUGACAAAACUGCGAACCAGAAGGUGAGAAGUCAUGACAGAUGGGCUCUUCCCAAACUGCGUGUCCAGAGAAUCCAGUUGCGGUUAUCAGGGAAGACUUCCUGGAGAAUGCCAUGCCUGAGCUGCUUACUGUGUGAAAAAAUGAUGAAACUGAGCACAGAGAGGUUACAGAACUUGCCCAAGGUCACAUAGCUGGAAAUGACUUAGAGGCCUUACAAAUACGUCUGUACAUUCUUGCUUCUGACUUUACAAUUGAGGGCCAACCCAGUCUGGAAGCACCUCGUAUUAAUGUUACAAGGAAACCACUACCUCAACAAACAAAAGGAAAGGAGGAGAAGACUUAGAAUAACAAAUACCAUUUUUUUAAAAGAAUCCUGUUUUCAGAAAAUAUUAAAGGAAAUUUGGAAAUUUUUCACACUGAGAAGUUUUACAGGUAAAUGGAUUUGGCAGGCAGGCUCUGUCAAAAUUCUACAGAGGUUUGAUCUUCCUUCUUAAGGACUUAGUGUGAAGUAAUUCUGUACUGCUUUUUAAAUUGCUGUUGAUCAGCUUGUGGGUUUUUGGGUUCUAACUUUUCUGGUAUAUUGAAGAUACAUUAUAUUACAUUAUAUAACAUUUUUUAAAGUUAAGUUAUUUUUCUGCCAUUGUAAAUACAAGUAUCAAAAUAUUCCUGCAAAGCAAUUAUAGGUAAACAUUUUUCUUAGCAAGCAUAUCUUUUUAUUAAGAGAGUGGAAUGCUAAGAGUUCUUAAGUAGCAUUUUGGACACACUUUUAUUUUUUGUCAGAGGCCCCGCCUACAGUGAAAAUAUUAAUUAUAUAAACCUGUUGUUGUCCUUCCCACGUCUGCGUUGGAUCACAUGGUCAUCUGCCUCAUGGAAAUGCCUUUUUUAAAACUUAGGUUUGCAGAACUCCAGUAUUUUUAUACCUAGCUACAGUUUUAAGGAAAAGAAGAAUCCGAACCCUGACCCUCUCACGGUCACUGGGACAGUUCCCCCUCCCGCAUGUAUUGCUGCAGUGCCCAGGACAGUAAAAUGGACUAUAAGCGGCGCUUCCUGCUUGGCGGGUCCAAGCAGAAGGUGCAGCAGCACCAGCAGUACCCGAUGCCUGAGCUGGGCCGAGCACUGAGUGCUCCCCUGGCAUCCACGGCCACCACUGCCCCCCUGGGCAGUCUGACUGCUGCAGGCAGCUGCCACCAUGCCAUGCCCCACUCCACUCCCAUCGCUGACAUCCAGCAGGGUAUCUCCAAGUACCUGGAUGCCCUCAACGUCUUCUGCCGUGCCAGUACUUUCCUCACAGAUCUCUUCAGCACUGUGUUCAGGAACUCUCACUACUCCAAGGCAGCCAUGCAGCUCAAAGAUGUGCAGGAACAUGUCAUGGAAGCAGCCAGUCGGCUGACUUCAGCCAUAAAGCCCGAGAUCGCCAAGAUGCUGAUGGAGCUUAGUGCUGGGGCUGCAAACUUUACAGAUCAGAAGGAAUUCAGUCUCCAGGACAUUGAGGUUUUGGGACGAUGUUUCUUGACAGUGGUGCAGGUCCAUUUCCAGUUUCUGACACAGGCGUUACAGAAGGUCCAGCCAGUGGCUCACUCUUGCUUUGCCGAGGUUGUUGCGCCAGAAAAGAAGAACAGCAGCAGUGGCAGCAGCUUGUCCGGCAUGGGCCACACACCCGAACUGGAGGAAGCUGUGCGAUCCUGGCGGGGAGCUGCUGAGGCAACAUCUAGACUAAGAGAAAGAGGCUGUGAUGGCCGCCUGGCAGGGAUUGAAGUUCAGCAGCUCUUCUGUUCUCAAAGUGCAGCAAUUCCUGAGCACCAGCUAAAAGAACUGAACGUAAAAAUCGACAGUGCUUUGCAAGCAUAUAAAAUAGCUCUGGAAAGCUUAGGCCACUGUGAAUAUGCAAUGAAAGCUGGUUUCCACUUGAAUCCGAAGGCGAUUGAAGCCAGUUUGCAGGGCUGCUGCAGCGAGGCAGAAGCACAGCAGACAGGGCGGAGGCAGACUCCCCCGCAGCCCAUGCAGUGUGAGCUUCCCACCGUCCCCGUGCAGAUCGGAUCGCACUUCCUGAAGGGUGUCUCCUUCAAUGAGUCGGCCGCUGACAAUCUGAAACUUAAGACGCAUACGAUGUUACAGUUGAUCAAGGAGGCCGGCUGCUAUAAUGGACUCACACCCAGGGAUGAUUUUCCUGUGACUGAAGUGCUGAACCAGGUGUGCCCGUCCACAUGGCGAGGUGCCUGCAAGACUGCCGUGCAGCUGCUCUUUGGCCAAGCUGGACUGGUGGUAGUUGACACGGCACAGAUUGAAAAUAAAGAAGCCUAUGCCCCCCAAAUCAGUUUAGAAGGCUCCAGAAUCGUGGUUCAAGUCCCAUCCACAUGGUGCCUGAAAGAAGACCCCGCCACCAUGUCCCUGCUGCAGAGGAGCCUUGACCCGGAGAAGACGCUGGGCCUGGUGGACGUGCUCUACACGGCUGUGCUGGACCUCAGCCGCUGGAGGGCGGGGAGGGAACAAGCUUUACCCUGCAUACAGAUCCAGCUUCAAAGGGAGAUCUGUGAUUUUGGGAAUCAGGCUGACUUGCCUUCUGGAAAUGGAAACAAAUCUUCAGGCGGCCUACAGAAGACCUUUUCUAAACUGACAUCCCGGUUCACCAAGAAGGCUUCGUGUACCAGCUCUAGCAGCAGCGCAAAUUAUUCCAUCCCAAGUACCCCUUCCAAAAACAUCUUCAUAGCUGGGUGUUCGGAAGAGAAGGCCAAAAUGCCCAGUAAUAUUGAUUCAAGGUUACAAAGCAUUUUGAACAUUGGUAAUUUCCCUAGGACUACAGACCCUUCACAGCCAGCUCAGAAUUCCAGUAACCAGAUGGCCAAUGGUUUCCUCAUGGAGAGACGUGACAACUUCCUGCAAGGGGAUGAUGGCAAGGACGAGAAGGGUAUGAACUUACCAACUGAUCAGGAAAUGCAGGAGGUGAUAGAUUUUCUCUCGGGCUUUAACAUGGGCCAGUCACAUCAGGGCUCACCACUGGUGACAAGGCGUAAUUCUGCUGCCACACCCAUGGUGACUGAGCAGAAGGCAGGAACCAUGCAGCCACAGCAGACACCACUGCCAGUGCCCCCUCCGCCGCGGCCACCCCAGGCUGGGGCACAUACACCUUUGACACCCCAGCCAGGCCUGGCACCUCAGCAGCAGUCCCCAAAGCAACAACAACCCCAGGUCCAGUACUACCAACAUCUGCUCCAACCCAUUGGACCGCAGCAGCCCCCACCCCAGCCUCGGGCCCCUGGGAAAUGGUUACAUGGCUCAUCCCAGCAGCCAGUACAGCCCGUUGGAGCGGGUCUGUCUCCUCUUGGCCAAUGGCCUGGCAUGUCUGAUCUCAGUUCUGACUUAUACAGCUUGGGUCUGGUGAGCAGCUAUAUGGAUAAUGUGAUGUCGGAGGUUUUGGGGCAGAAGCCACAGGGACCUAGAAAUAACACCUGGCCAAACCGUGACCAAAGCGAUGGAGUCUUUGGAAUGUUGGGAGAGAUUCUGCCUUUUGAUCCUGCAGGUUCAGACCCCGAGUUUGCACGCUACGUGGCAGGAGUGAGCCAAGCAAUGCAGCAGAAGCGUCAAGUCCAGCACGGUCGACGCCUAGGCAACCCCCGGGGCCACUGGCCUCCCAUGGACGAUGCCCAUCGGACCUGGCCUUUCCCAGAGUUCUUCACAGAAGGGGAUGGACUACUCAGCAGCUGGGCAGGUGCUCAGGGAGACUCGGCCAGCUCAAGUGACGAGACGUCCUCCGCCAAUGGGGACAGCUUGUUCUCCAUGUUUUCAGGGCCUGACCUCGUUGCUGCUGUCAAGCAAAGAAGGAAACACAGCAGUGGAGAGCAGGAGACCAGCACGCUGCCCUCGCCGCCUCUUCUUAGCACAGUGGAGGAUGUGAACCAGGAUAACAAAACCAAAACAUGGCCACCCAAAGCACCAUGGCAACACCCUUCCCCGCUGCCCAGCACACUGCCCAGCCCAAGCGCACCACUCUAUGCAGUCACCAGCCCCAGCAGCCAGUGGAAUGACACCAUGCAGAUGUUGCAGUCCCCGGUGUGGGCUGCGACCAGCGAUUGCAGCGCCGCCUCCUUCACCUACGUGCAGACCCCGCCGCCGCCCCCACCUCCACCAGCACACAAGGCAGCGCCCAAGGGCUUCAAGGCCUUCCCUGGGAAGGCUGAGCGCAGGCCAGCCUACUUGCCCCAGUACUGACCCAGGGCCAGCCUGCUUGCCCGCCCAGAGCUGUUUGGGCCAGUGUCCCCACCCCAGGGCUGACAAGCUGGCACCAGCCCCCCAGAGGACCAGUGCACCCCUGUCCCAGGCAGGGAUCCUUGGGAAUGGGGGUAGUUGGCAGCUCCAAACCUUUAAGGCCUGGCUUCUCAAACUUUGGAGGCAUCAGACCCCUGGAGGGUCAGCUGAAGAGGAAGGUUUCUCACCCUCCUCAGGGAGAGGCUGGGGAUCUUCGAGCUUAAUAAGCACCUCUGGUAAUUCUGAUGCAGGGGGGCCACAGGCCACACUAUGAGAAACACAGCUCUCAAGUUUGUAGUCCCACUGUGUGUGUUGGGAAGGCAUCAGGCCCUGAAGGCUGAGAGCAGAACUGACCAUUCUUCUGAGACCCUCCCCUUCCCCCUCCUUAACAUGUUGAGUGAUGACCACACCAAUCACUGUAUUUUAUAGCUAUUUUUCAUAGGUUUUUGGUUAAAACAUCUGCCUAAAAUGGAUUCAGUAUUUUAAGAUAACAAAUAUAGUGGCUGGAGGUUUGUUCAACACUAUCUUUAUUUAAGCUUAUACAAAAUGGGCAAAAUACAGAAUAUUUGUGAUCAGAAGCAAUCACCUGGGUUUUCUGUGGGUGGGCAGCCCCUUGCCACCCCAGCAGCACCCCGGGGGUGCAACCUUUACUGGAUUUACAAAAGCAGGAUCGUAAAAUGGAUGUCAGAGGCGUAUUCCUGAUGGUGCGUGGAGAUGAGCCAGCUGUCUGCUGUCCCUGUGCAGGAUGAAGUUCACCUGCUGCCCUCACAUCUUCCACACCAUGGCCGGAGGCUUCGACACAGUCUCAGAACAUGGGGGUGUGCUCAAGGGGCUGCCUCAAGACACCUGCGCUUGAAAUUGCAGUACCAUUUGUGAGCUGGCUCAAGACAACCAAUUCAGAUGUAGAUAGGAAUUAACUUAAAGUCUUUUCUUUUAAGAAACAAAAGCUAAAACAAAAAAAACCUCAUUUUCAGUUAACAUGUGCCAUUAAAUAGAUAACAUCCUGUGGAUUUAGGGAUAUUUUCCAGCCAGAAUGGAUCCAGAAGAAUUGAAUGGUGCUUAAAUUGAGAAAUAAUAAUAAAUAUAUCUAUAUAGAAUAGACAUAUCCCACUGUAUAUUAAUUGAGGUUACAGAAGUUCUUUAUAUAAAACUUAUUUAAAUUUUUCAUAUGUCAUCUUUGAAAAAGUCUAAUUGAAAAAAUCCAUAAUAUUUUCUGGUAUGAAAGUUUGACAGUAUUAAUAUUUUUUUUAUAUUUUCUUAAAUCAUUAAACCAUUUUAAUAUAUGUUAACUACUAAUAAAUGGUUUAUUCUUUCUAACUCCAUAUAAGCUUUUCCAGCAAAGAUUGUAAUAACACAUUUCUGUUCUCAUUUUUCUACAGAUAUAAGUAAAUUUAUAUUUAAAAAUACCAAAAAGAAAAUAUAUAUCCGUAUGUAUACACACUAAUGAUUGAGGGCCCUUCGGGUGUCUGAGCCCAGCCAUCUGAAUUCUUAGUACUGUGUGGCCAGGCUGUUUCUGGGCCUCGGGUGUUGUCUUUCGUGCUGUGUGGGGAUGCCAUUGCUGCCUGUGCUUGUGGUCCUCUCACCGUGGGUUCUGAACAUUCACCUCACCAUGUUUACAGAGAACUGUUUUGUACAUAGACUUUUUUAGGCACGUGCUUUGCACCAACCCUGCGUGGCUCUUGUCUGUGUUAGCUGUCACGGUGUGUGCACUAAUCUCUGUUAAAGUUGUUUGUGGCUGUUUUACUUGUAAGAUAGUUUUCUAUUUCCUUCAGUAACGUGUCCACAGUAUCCUGUAUUUCGAGUUCUAUUAUACUGAAGUACUCUUGUUUUAAUAGUGCCUCCCCAAAGACCUCACCUUGGACAGAGGUCAGUCCUUGAUGCCCCAGCACAGGUGACAUUGACAUUGCUAAUCGUUACUUUCCAGUCUGUUUUUCUCAAUGAAGACAUUUUGUAAUUGCAUCUCCAUGGGCUGUGAGACUGUGUGAAGCUGUUGGUGUGGUGUCCUUGUAGGUGCUGUGUUCUCAGCACCGCCUUGCUCUGAACACUGGUGAUUCCAGGUGCUGCGCUUGGCGGAGGGGUCUCGCCAAAGCGAAUGUGUGUGCGUGUGUGAGUGUGCGUGUCCUUUGCAUGGCCGGGCAUGGCUGCCUUGCUCGGGCAUCUGCAGGACACCGUGUGAAUAGUUACAACGCUUCCAAACUGGAACUCUACAUUUUGUAUCUUACUUUUAAAGCUCCUAUAAGUAAAAUAACUAUUGGCUUUAUUAAAAAUAUACAUUUAAUAAUA